AAAUUAUUCAAGUUGUAUAGAAAUUCCACUUGUAUUCCCUUUGGAAAAAUAAAAUGAAAUUUAUCAAGUCUUUGAGUCUUCUUCCACAAUGUGUUUCUCCGUUGCAAAAAUGUUACUCUACCGAUCUGAUCAGUUUGGUGGGAAUUCCAAGGGUUAAGAUAACCAAAGGGGAAAAUCGUUACUUGUUAGUGAUGAUCCAUACACACGGGUUUACGAAUUUUGGAAGAGUUAUCGUUCGUGGAGCUGAUGUCGACAAUCAUUUGGAAAUUUUUGACUCCAUUUUGGAGGAGAUGGAACCCCAGGGCAUAUGUUCAAAAUGCCUUGGCGGCGGAAGAAUUCUCAACGAGGAAGACAAGAAGAAAAUAAAGAUUUAUGGCACCUCUAGAACAUUCGGCGGUGCUGAUCACAAAAGGACGAGGAAUAUACUACAAGCGUGGACCACCUACAAGGACUUCAAAAUCAGCGUUAAGAAUUAAAGUUUCACAUAUUUAAGAAAUGUUAAAUUAACUUAAAUACAAAUUGCACAGUUAAAAUGAAUGAAAUACAGUUUUGGAUUCUUGGGAAAUAUUCUGUUUCUGAUAUUUAAGAGCAGUGAGAUAUAUAAUUAUGCAUUUAUUAUGACUUACCGACUAAUAUUUGUGAAGAAACUGUCGAUCUUAGGUGCUCUGACUUUUGUGGCAGUUCAAAAUUUAUCAUUUGACUUGAAGGCCCCAGAUAAAAUCAGUCUAGCUGAAGCCUUGCUACUGUUCAGACCAACAUUUUUCGGAAUACUUCAUCUAAAUUCCAGUGCCUUUUUAUACAAAUUUUUCCAAAA